CUAGAAAAUCGACAACACAAAUUUCGGGUAGAACUAAACAUAGGUGAAGUAAAUAGAUUUUCGGAUGACAAAUUUGUUUUUCAUAUAAAUUGACAUUUUGUAUAUGCCAUGUUUAAAUGAUUGACAUAAACAACAAUUUGUGAUUCACACAAAUUUUCACAGUUUUUCUUUAAAAUUAAAAUGCAUGUCAAUGGAAUGACUGUUAUUUCUAACGGUUUAGGAAUGGGAACUUUUCAAGUAAUCGGUGUUCAAUCUUACCCACAAAAGAUGGUACAAGCGGACAAUAUUUCAGAGAUGAAGGUUUUAGCAGUAAAAAAUGAUGUUACAGAAUCUUCCACGGAAGCUAACAAAGAAAACGAGAUUGAAAGGGGCGUUUUGAACUCAGCUGGAUUGAGAAGGACAAGCACAUGGUGCAGAAUCAACUACCCCCGACAUACCAGUAUGCUCAAACCCCUGGGCUUGAAGAGUAUCAACCAGUCAUGGUACAGACCCCAGUAUCUUCACUUCCAGCCGAGUUCAAAAGCGACCAGUCAGUGUUCACAACAACAGCUAUCACCUCGGUGACAGCCAAUGGGGGCGUAGAGCAGCAGACGGUAAGAGCCAGGGGAAACUUAAAUCAGACAGAUCUUGUGGAGGGAGAAGCAGUACCACAGCAACAGAGCCCUACAGAAGCCGGUUCCAAAGUGGAAGCCGUAUCACCUGGUGCAGCACAAGGACCAAAGAGAUUGCAUGUGUCAAAUAUACCCUUCAGAUUUAGAGAAGCAGAUUUACGGAAUUUAUUAGGGCAAUUUGGGCCUAUCUUAGAUGUAGAAAUCAUUUUCAAUGAAAGAGGUUCUAAGGGAUUUGGUUUCGUAACUUUCCAAAAUAGCGUGGACGCUGACAGAGCACGAGAGAAACUGAACGGUACAGUGGUUGAGGGACGCAAAGUUGAGGUCAACAAUGCUACUGCUCGUGUAAUGACCAAAAAAACUGCUGUUGCACCUACUAUCCCAAAUGUUAUAUCGCCAGUAUCUGCAGCGGCGCUGCGAGGUGUUGCGUUGACACGAGGGAGAGCUACGGCCCUGGCGGCACGUGGAAUGUACAACGCAGCAGCAGCAGCUCAACUUCAAGCUGCCGCACUCAGACAACCAACUCCUAUUCAAACUGCCACAGCUUUGCCAUAUGCUACACAGAGGCUACAUAUGCAGUAUGCAGCAAUGGACCCAGCAUUAUUAGGCGCAUACGCUGCAGCAGAUAGGUACCAGCUAGUCACAUCACAGCCAAUGACGGGAGGGAUUCCUCUGUCAGCAGCAAGAUAUGCAGUCCCUGCAAUAGCUGGUUCUGGAGUGACAUACGCAGCUGCAGGUUACACUGGUCGUGAACUAGCUGCAGCAACGACAGAUCCUCUUCUUGGGCACAGUAUUGGACCAGUUCCCGGAUAUGGGGCUACAGUUUAUAGAGGUGCAUACCAGAGGUUUACUCCAUACUGAUUGGCUGGCACAAGUCAUAUGUUUGAUCUAAUUGACCGAUAGAAUUCUCCUAUUUUGGUCAUUUGAUCUAAAGAUCUGUGAUGGAUGGAGGAACAAAAAAAUGCUGCGAAAGUGAAGCUCAUUGACUUCCAUAAAAAACAAAUCUUUCGCACCCUACUCAAGUAUUAUUACAGAGAUUUGAAAAGACGUGCACAGUGCAAUUACAGUUUUUUCUUUUUAAACAGUGCUGAAUCGGUGCUCUGAUGUCCUUAUUAUAAUUUAUUAACAUUGUUACGAGGCACUGUUUAUUGAGAUUUUAUGAAGAUACACAAAAAAAUAGCUGCCAUGUAUUGAAUGAACCCAUUGAUACGCAAACAUUUUCUGUUGAAAUAAGCCGUCUGAUUGUACAUAUUUAUAUAGGUCUGUAGCAAUAAUCAAAAUACUGGGCAAAAUUUACAUGUACUGGUUGCAUGUAUUUUUGUUUAACAGGGAGAAAAACAUUUAAA